AAAUGACGAUAAGUAAACGUGUUUCAACUGCUUUAUUUUUCUUAAUUUUACAAGGCCAAAUGUAUAUGCUAAGCGUCAUUUGUUCUCUUUUCAAUAACUUACCUUAAUCAAAGAAAGUAAUGUCAUAAAUAUUUUGGAAGUAACUAUGGAGAGGCACUUUAUUUGAAAUUGAGAAGAUACCAGUGUGGAAUUCUCUUGAAACAAAUGUUUUUCAGAUUGCACGUCUUUCAUAGUCUGUUUAUUUUUGGAAUAAUUAUCACAAUUGUUGCCCUGAUAUUGCUUCUUCAUUGUUAAGCUUUACAUUCCUGCAGAACAGAUAUUAUAUAAAUAGGUCCCAGGAACAGAAAACUGCAGAAGGUCUUUCAAUAAUAAUCGAGAAAAGAUGAAUUUGUCAGUUUGUCUUCUUGUAGCUCUCUUCGGGAAUACAGUGGCCUACCCAGUAUGGUUACAAUUUCUGAAAAAUGGGGGCAGAGUUUACGCUAUUAAAGUAGCCAUGGACAACGAAGAGGAAGACAGUGAAAACAAAGUGACGCCAAUGAUUCAAGAACACUUACUUGUUAGACAAGUGGGAGAAAAAGACGAUACGCAGGAUUAUUCAGAUCCCAGAGACGAGGCGGGGAGAAACAGAAUUCGUCGUCCAAAUCUUAAUGGACCGUCUCACGUUGAGAAGUCUGAAGGAGAAAUGCUAGAAAAGGAAAGGAACGCGAAGAACCCAGGAAGAAGAGAACGUAAGUUUCAGUACAAACCUGUGGAAGGCGACAAACAGAAAACAUUCAUAUUGAAAUUAAACGAUAAUGGAUUCCGUUCGUCCGAUAUCCUGAAAGGAGGAAAAAGAAAUUUUGGAUCAGGUGGUUUUGGAGGAGGUGGAGGUUAAUCUCGUAAUAUCUGAUUCCCUGUAGGGGAAACAAUAUCUUCAUACGAUUUGCUGCUUGAAAAAGGAGUGGACCAAGAAAUUUUGUUUUCAUGAAUUCGGCUUGAAAACACUUAGAAAUCAAUUUAUUUGCGUACAAACUUAUGUUUCAGACAAAACUUAGUCAAACCUUUGAUCGCAAUUCGUGAAAAAAUGCUCUAUAUUUCAAUUAUCGAUUUGUUACAGUAUUGAAUAAAUGAAUAUGCUCAUUA